GAAAGAAGCCAUCAUAAACGGAACACAUCCGAUAUCUUUGGAGCAAGCAAUCAAUUUGGCUGCGCUUCAGUGUCAAGCUGAAAUAGGGGUACUGACACCAGAAAAAGCCAAACAUAACUCCAUUGAUUUGAAAGAACACCUUCCAAAGGAAUACGCCAAGGUCAAAGGCGUGGAAAAGCGUAUCCAAGAAAGGCACAAAAAGCUGGGCGAUUUCGAUGAGAAAGAAGCAAAGUUACAAUACAUCCAAUUAUGUCGCUCACUACCAACCUAUGGCAUAACAUUUUUCCUCAUCAAGGAAAAACUCAAGGGGCGCAACAAACUUGUUCCCCGUUUGUUUGGUGUGAGCAAAGAGAGCGUAAUGCGCGUUGAUGAGAAGACGAAGGAAAUUUUGGAAACUUGGCCUCUGACUCGGAUUCGUCGAUGGGCCGCCCGCUCAAACCUGUUCAUUUUGGAUUUCGGCCAGUACAGCCCAGACGGCAAUUAUGCGAUGCAAACGACCGAGGGUGAGCAAAUUGGACAGCUGAUUUCUGGCUAUAUCGACAUCAUUUUGCGACGCCAGCGCAGCAAAUUGGGUGCUGCUGGCGAUGCGGAUGAAGAGAACACAAUUGUUGAGGAUAAUGUUGCCCCGUCCAGAGGACAACGCGCACAAGAGGCCAAUAUAGCACAUACAGGAGUUUUACGCACGGCGAGCUACCGGGGUGAUUUCGCUGAAGGUCAUCUAAUCACGAGGGAUCAAACUGUAACACAGCACAACCUCGGUGGUGCCCAAGUCGGGUCUGGACGUAUUAUUAAUCGGAGCGGAAUAACGAACCCAACUCUGAAUGGAGAUCGUCAUUCUGGUUUUCAAUUAAUAGACCUGGGUCAACCGAAACGUGCCCUUCUCCAGCGCAUUGAUUUUGGUUUACGAUCGAUUCAAGAAGCCACGGAAGAAUUGGAAAAACCUGUUUAUUCAGACGAUGAAGCACUGAGAGGUGAUGAUGCUAUAACAAAACGUUGGCGUACAGAGGCACUAGAGCAGGCACGCACUGGCGUGAUGAGCCACUUAGGUGCAAUGACUAUGGCUACUGGACAGUUACUCUCCUGUCUUCAAACUCCCACGGCUGCUGAAGAUGACCGUUACGAGUUUGACUAUGCUAACAUGGAUGCCUCGCUGGCCUCAAUCGGAAUGAAUGUUCACGGUCUGAUCCAGUGCGUUCGACUGUAUGAUCAAGUAGAUGCUGCACAGGGUUCAGAACACGGGCUGGGGUUGCGUGCAGCUGCUCAGAGCCUGUCUGACGCAUUUUUGGACCUAAUGCGUGCUGCUGUACCAGCCUCACCCGGUGCAAAUGAUACCGGAGACAAGGUGUCCACAAUAUCAAGAUCAACCAGUUCUUUGGUCGAGGGAAAGCACGGGCCCGAUCGAGCUGCUCUGUUGGAAGCGGCAAGUCGAGUUGGGGACGCUAGUCGUCAAUUGCUACAGUACAUUUCCCAUCCGUCUGCUCACAACACAAACUUGGGGUCCGUAACUCCUAUGGAUGCACAGAGCAAUGGAGCGGCAAGCCCCAUGAAUCUGUAUCCGUCUGUUGUAGACUGGGAAGCCAGAGAUCAACUGCUUUCUGCAACAAAGUCUGUUGCCAAUCGAAUGGCCAAGUUGGUGAAAACGGCCAAGCUUGGUGCUAUGGCUGUUGGUCAGGAAGCGGCAGAUUUGUUCUCCCGCAACGGUGCUGAUUCUGACGCAUCUCUUUUGCUCCGUUCCACCCAAGGUCGGUUAGUUCACGCAGCUACAACGGCUGGAAAAGCAGCUAGUCGAUUGGUUACCUGUGCUAAAGUUGUUGUUUGCACCAUGGAACAACCGGAAUCACAGGAUCAGCUUAUUCGGACAGCCAAAGAAGUGAGCAGUUAA